AUGCGUCCUGCAGCUAAACGCACAACCUUGGAGGUGAUAUUUCAUUACAAAUUUCGAUCCAAAAAAAUCCUUCCCAUCUUCACCACCAUGCCUCCGCGACACAAGAAAAAAAGCAACGCUGCGGCCACGCCGUCGACCGCCGAGGAGUUCUUCUUCCAGGGUGGCCAGGACGAAGAGAGAGGCGAACGAUGGCUAAGUGGCAACGACUUGUCCAAGGGACUGCGAUUCUACGCCUCUGCGCUUGAAAACUACAAUCAGUGCGUGCAACGGAGUGCGGCUACGUCGUCGGACAGGUUCGACGCCUCCUACAACAUAGUGCGGCUCAAGUUCGACGUGUGGUACGAGGUCUACGAAUCGGGCGACUAUCUGCUCAGCGGCCACAUGACCCAGGCCGGCGGUCACACGGUGGGACUGGAUUCGUUGCUGGCCAACAUUUUCGUGUCUGGCACAAAGGAGGGCGCCCACGAGGAGGUGCUGGCCGGGUACAAGGGGCUUGUGGCUCAGCUUCCGUCGGACAACCGAACCUGGGACGUUUUGCAUGGCUACGGACUGGUGCUCACGACGCACAUUGAGGAGUACGGCGGCGGCGAUCGUGACGUGGAGGAGGCGCUGGGCGUGUUUGAAUCCGUUUAUAGGGCGCAAUUGGAUGAAUAUAACGAGUUCAAGCGACUCUUGGAGGAGUUUGAGAACGGGGGAGCAGCAGGAGACGAUCCAGAGAGUCAGACACCGAAAGCGACCGCCUCCACAGACCCACAGAACGUACCCAAGUACGCCAAUGCCGAAGAGUCGGUCAAUUUGGCCGAUUUGGUUGAAACACUCACCUGUGUCGUCAAAUUGGCGUCCUUGACGACACGCAACAGCGGUAUUCGCGAUGAUGUUGACCACCACGCCCAAAAGGCAACUUCCAAUAUUCUGCAGACAUUUCAGGAGAUGGUGCAGGUUAUUACCAAGGAAGGGUUCUCUGCCGACAUUGCGAAAACCACAGACGGGCUCCAAUCGACGCUCAUGGAUGCUGCCCAGACCAUUGGAAUGUGGAUAGCCAGUCGUCUGCAACCGACCGAGCUGGAGGCGUUUUGGAAGGGCGAAAACACCGCCGCCAUGCAGCAGAUUGAUCCUCUUUUGCCCGAGUUUCUUUCCCACGCAUCCGGAGCCCAAUGGACCAAUGCUGGCGUUCAGAGUAUUCUCGAUGUGAUUGAGGAGGGCCAGUACGAUGACAUUGAACAGUGGGCUCUGUUGGGGGCUGCCAACCGGCUGCUCCAGCAACAAGUCAAGUCCGUCACGCCCUCUACUCAGUCUCCCGUCGGUCUGGACGUUUUGACGUCAUAUUCCAAGCUUCCCAAGUUCCAGCUGGGUCUCGAAAUCGGCCAAAUGUACAUUUCGUUGGCCGAUAUCGACGUUAUGAGAGCCCGACUGUCGACCGAAUCGGCCCACAAGUUUGGUUCCACGCUGCUCAAAAAUGCUUCCACAUACUACACUUCUGCCGAAAACACUCUGAGCAUGGGCACGAUUGGAAUCAAAACUGCCGGUGGGGUCGUGAGAAAGCAGAGAAGACUGAAAAGUGAGGCUACUGUCAAGAAGCUAAUGCUGGAGGGCAGCGAAGCGAGCGUCGCCAAAGCAAAGAGGGUGCCUGGGUGGGAGAUUAUUCUGGAUCAAUAG